AUAUACAUAUUUUUAAUCUAAAGAAUAGCAAAGAUAAUACAAUUUAUAUCAUAAUUAUAUAUAUCAAAAUUUUUUAUAUUACGAUCGUUAAUGAGAUAACCUAUAAAAAACUGAUUUGUUCUGAUUGGUUGAAUUCACAAGAAUGUAUCAUUUUUUAUUGGACAAGAAUGUGGCUUAUUUCGAUUCGAGAAUCGAACCAAUCAAUUUUAAGUUCGAUUUCAAAACCAUAACGGCUUGAACGUUCCUGAAUUAUUUUUGUACUUGAAAAAAUAUAAGUAUUUUAUUAAUAACAAUUAUAAUUAUCACUAAUAAAAUAAGUUUUAUUAUAUUAUCUAAAACUAUCUGAACUAUUAACAUUUAUUUUCGCGUCAUAUCUUGAUAAAUAAUUGUUCAAUUUGAGCAUUAAGCUAUCGAUCUUUUGCGAAUAUUAUUUGUUGAUAAAAUUAGAAUGUGAAUUUGAAAGAAAGAAGUAUAAGUGUCGUCAUAUUAUGUUGGGAAAUUGUUCAUUUAUAUUGCAUUUGUAUCGAUGUUAGAUAUAUUGGUUAAAACUAACGAUGUAUGAAAUUUACAGUUCAUUUGAUUUUCAUUAACGUCAUGCCGGCAAACUAUAUUUGUACCAAAAUCAAUCAAUUCGCAGACGUCUUUCGAAGACGCAAGCCGAUAAGAUCGAAGAGAAAUUCUAAGUUUUAAAUAGUGAUAUAGUGAUUGAAUAACAAUAACAUUAACGUAUCUAAUAUACAUAUAUACUGUUCGGAAAAGUCAAUAAUUUAGUGAGAGGUAUUAUUAUGAAACGAACAUUGUAAGGAUUCUUUGCAAUUUAUGGUUUAUACAUCCUGUGCGAUUUAGAGCCUUGCCAGUGACUCAAACGGAAGUGUUCUUCCUUAAUUUAUAUUCAGUAUAUAUUUCGACGGUGUAAAUUUCAGUCUCUAAAUUUUAAAGUCAUGGAGAAUGGAAGCAAAUUAUUAUUGGUUCUUUUAAAAGCUUCAGAAAAAGCUGCUAAUAUUGCUAGAGUGUGUAGACAAAAUAAAUCACUGUUUGAUCUUCUAAUUCAAGAAAAAUCAGAAGCAGAGAAAAAUCCAAGUUUUAUUAGGGAUUUUAAAACUUUGGCUGACGUUUUAAUUCAAGAAACUAUUAAACAUGAUAUAGCAUUAGAGUUUCCAGAGUUAGCAAAGGUUGUACAAGGUGAAGAAAACAAUACAUUUACCAACACACUUGGAGAAACUAUAAUUGUGGAAGUAUGUUCCACUUGUUUGGAGACAACUUUUCUACUAGCCAGAGUUAUGGGCAAUGAUACAGAAACAGCUAAUUUUCUUGCGACCGAAGUUCAUAAGAAUAUUCAACUGAAAGAUGUACAAACUGUGCAAGACAUUCCUAAUGAUUUUACUUUGCCUAUAGAAGAUCUUGGUAUAUGGAUAGAUCCAAUAGAUGCAACUGGAGAAUAUGUACAUCCUGCUGUAGAUGAUAAAGGUCUACGUUGUGUUACAGUAUUAAUAGGUGCAUAUCUUAAAAGUACAGGAUUACCGGUAUUAGGUAUCGUAAAUAAACCAUUUUGUGAGUUACGUACGGAUCAAUUAUGGAAUGGUUCGUGUUAUUGGGGAUAUUUAGAAACUGAUACAGGCAAAUGUUACUCAAGCAUUGUUAAAGACUUCGUUUAUGAUACAGAUGAAACAAGUAAAACGAUAUUUAUUGGACGAUCUGAAGAUGAAGAUUUAAAAUCUAAACUUAGAAAGGCAGGUUUCAUAUUAAUAGAGAUAGCUGGUGCUGGAAACAAAAUACUAAACGUUGCUUUAGGCAUGGCAGCUGCUUAUGUACUUUCUAAAAAUUCUACUUACAAAUGGGACACAUGUGCUCCUCAAGCUAUAUUACGAUCUUUAGGUGGGGGUAUAGUAGAUUAUCAGAAAUUUUUGGAGAGUACAAAUUUGGAUGAUUUGGAUUUAAAAUAUUCCACUACUAGUGCAAAUGCAGCAAAUAAUGGUGGAUUAAUAGCAUAUCGUAAUGUUGAAAUGUUACUUACUUUGAAACAAAUUCUAUGUUAAAUGAUAUCAUUCAAAUGAAUUUAUUAGAUCUAAUAAUUAGCCAAAGAUUAUUUCUAUA